AUGGACCAAUAUAAUGACACUUCAAAUGACUUCAUCCUCCUAGGGCUCUUUCCUGAGUUUGGCCAUCCACACCUCCUCAUCCUCAUUAUCAUCCUCAUCUACACCAUGGCUUUCACUGGAAACGCUCUGCUGAUCCUUCUUAUCUGGUUAGACACGAGGCUUCAUACCCCUAUGUACUUUCUCCUUAGCCAACUUUCCCUCAUUGACCUAUCUUACAUCACCAGCACAGUCCCUAAGACAGUAGCAAACUACUUCACAGGAAGGAAGAACAUUUCCUAUUUUGCCUGUGCAUCUCAAUUGUUUUUCUUUCUCACCCUUGGCCUUGCAGAAUGCAUCCUCCUGACCCUCAUGGCUUAUGACCGCUACGUAGCUAUCUGCAACCCCCUAAGAUACACAAUCCUCAUGAGCCCCAAUGUCUGUCUACAGAUGACAACGGCAGUUUGGGUUGGGGCAGCUUUGGCCGCCCUCGUCCAUACCAUCUACCCAAUGCAAUUCCCGAUCUGUGGCCCCAGGGAAAUUAAUCAUUACUUUUGUGAGAUGCCUGCCAUCUUGAGACUGUCUUGCGUGGACACAUCAACCUAUGAGACAGUGAAAUUUGUGUCAACUAUUGUGUUCCUUCUGAUUCCAUUUGUUCUUAUAUUGUCAUCCUACACACUCAUCUUCCUCACUGUCCUCAGGAUGAACUCCCGCAAAGGAAGGAACAAAGCCUUAGCCACCUGCUCUUCCCACCUCACAGUGGUGAGUCUCUACUUCGGCCAGGCCAUCUUCAUCUACAUGACACCCGGCUCGUCCCACACACCUGAACAAGAGCAGAUAGGAGCCGUACUCGGCACCAUCGUGAUCCCCAUGCUUAACCCACUCAUUUACAGUCUGAGGAACAAAGAAGUGGUAGGGGCUCUGAAGAAGGAAAUGGAACAGUGGUGCAACUGUGUACAUACUCUGUUUCCACAGGGUCCUCAGAAAUGUUCUAUCCUCCAUCUUCAGAGUAACCAUGGACAACUCAAAGCCUAA